AUAUAAACUCCUUGCCCUCCUUCCGCCUACACCCAAAACUCAUUCUCUCUUCACUUCUUUUCUUUCUCAAUCUCCAUUAUUUCGAUUUUUCAUUCAUCAAACUUAAAGCUUUGACAUUAUUGUUAUUCGAUCACAGGUUUUCUCCGUAGGAUCAUUAACUCAAUGGCCUCGAGAGCCCAUCAUAUUACAUCAGAAAACUCGGACAAUUCCCCGACGUCAUCGUCAGUUACGACCGAUGAUCAAACACAAACUAGACAAAAGCAAAAGGAUACAAAACAUCCGGUGUACCGGGGUGUUCGAAAACGGGCCUGGGGAAAAUGGGUAUCCGAGAUCCGAGAACCCAGAAAAAAGUCUCGUAUUUGGUUAGGAACAUUCUCAACACCAGAAAUGGCUGCCCGUGCUCAUGAUGUUGCUGCCCUUACUAUUAAGGGCACUUCAGCUGUCCUUAACUUCCCUGAUCUUGCUUCCUCUUUACCCCGCCCACUCUCUAACUCCCCUCGCGACGUUCAGCUCGCCGCCUCCAAAGCCGCCGCGCUUGAGUUUGAUGUUUCUCCGGCAGGCUGCGCCACCGUCGAGGAGGAGAAAAAUACGCUGUGUGUAAGUGCUUUUUCACCAUCAUCAACAUCAUCAUCAUCGUCUUCCACCGCAUUGUCACCGGAAUCCUCCGCCGUGAGUUCGAGUCCGAUGACCGGAAGCGAUGAAGAGCAGCUACUAGGGGAAAUAGUUGAGUUGCCGAGUUUGGAAGAUGUAACUGGGUUUGACUCGGGCGAGUUUGUGGACAAGACUUGUUUAAUGUAUGAGUAUUAUGACUCGGAGUCGGAUCCUUUUCUUCAAUGGUGCGUAAAUAAUGGAAAUAAUAGUAAUAUGGAGGGGUACUUUGGGGAACAAGGUUUGAGUUAUAAUACUUGUUUUGACACUUUGUUAUGGCAUCAUUAAAUGCAAAAUUAUUUUUUUUAGAUAAAAAAAUUAUAUUAUAUUUCUUAAAUGAGACGAUCUUGUGGUAAGAUUAUCUUUAUUAGGCUGAUUUAUUGACAUUUAUCAAUUAUAAAAUAUAAUCAAAUUAGAUUUGUUAGUCUAAUAAUAAGACGGUCUCAUACAAGACGGCCUAAAUUAGAAGUAUUAGAAAAAAUUCAUGUUCUUCUCUCCUCUUUAUAUUGCAUGCCAUAAAAGUUAUGGCAGGCUAUUUAUAUUUAGGGAAAUUAAAUACAAAUACCAAAAAUUUUAAUUUAAUUUUUUUGCAAUAUAUAUAUAUUUAUAUACACAUAUUUUAUUUUUCCCUUUCCACCAUUAUUCCAGGGGAAAAAUUUAGGGAUUGUGAUUGUCGAUGCAAUUUAUAAAUAUAAGAUUUUUUGAAGUC